AUGUUUUCAAGAAACUUGGAAGAACUCAGAAAUAAAAUCGACAAAGACGAGUUGCUAGAAGGGAAGUUUACAUUUACCGGUGUUACCCAUCAAGAGGAAAAAAACAACGCAAUUGAAGAUGUGGUACUCUUCGAUGAUGAGCAUGGCGAAAACAGCAACAGAAAAGUUGUCAAAAAACAGGUAACGAGAGCUGAAGAGUGCAAAGUGAGAGACAUUUGUACUGGAUACACUGCAAAAACGCCCAGUUCUUCCAACGAAGUUGAAGAAUGGAAAUCUGCUUUCAGGUAUCAAAUCGCCGUGGUUAGAAUGGGCAAAGUUGGAAAGGCAAGCGGAAUGCGUUCUGAAUAUUUGACAUGCUGGAACAAAUGA